GUCUGUGUGUGUGUGUCUGUGUGCCUUCGAGAGGAAGUGGUGCAACUCAUUUCCUGCAGCCCCCCGAAUACACACAGCGAGAAGAGGGGAAAAGCAGCAGCAACAUAAAAAAAAUAAAAAAAGGUUUGCGAGUGAAGAAAAUGGCUGAUCGUACAGGACAAAUGGCUCUCCUUGUAAAAGCGACAAAAAUGCAUUGAAUUUCUUUAGCCUUUUUUUUACAGCCGGCUUCCAUUUCCACUCUGUUACACUUUACAUGUUAUGAGAGCUCUCAAUACAACCUGUUGCCAACAAAGAAACAAACUCAAGAGUCAAAACAGGGAACCAGCCCAUAGAAGACAGAACAGUGGAUGGAAGAGAGCGAGAGAGAGUGAAGAGGACGGAGGUUAAGAUACAGGGGCUGGUCAACAGUGUCAGAACAUAUCAAAUCCAGGCAGACUCCUGCUCCUUGGCCUGCCAAUCUGAACGACAACCUCCCCACUACACACACACACACACACACUACUCCGAGCAUCUUCAGCGAUGCCAACAGGGUCCCAGCCAGCUGCCAACCCCUCUCCCAGCCUGCCCCUGUGUGCCCAGCCCUGAGCCCUGAGCCCUAACCACAAACUGACCCCGUGGCUCUAGGAACCCCCCCCCCCCCCCCAGUGCAGCUGUCCUCCACACAGCCAGGUGGCGCCCUGACCCGCCGCCGGACAGGCAGCGCUACUAACAGGCAUGGCUCCAAUUCGGGACUCGGUCAGCCACUCUCCUAACCAAACAGGUUUGGACCACCCUGGCCUGGAUUCUCAGUAUGAGAGUUGCCCCUGGAGCUCUGGUUCUCCCUGCAGCAGAGACGGUAACUGGGACAAGGUGCUGGUAGACUCGGUCUGCAGCGACACGCCUUCCUCCUCCUCGUCCUCCUCGGCAGCCGGCAACGACCCCGAGCUCACCUCAGAAUGCAUGGACACGGACUCUGCCUCUAGUUCUGGCGGCUCGGAGAAGAACUUGGUCACCGCUAUGACGUCAUCGUCGCCGCCGCCUCCCGGCGCUAAAGGGAACGGAGGCCGUAACGGGAACCACUUCUCCCCGUUGACUACCGGCGGCGUUCCUCCCGUUAGCAGCAAUAACAUCAUAACGUGUAACGGGGCGGGGAAAGGCCCGUGGGGGUGCCUGGCCAACGUCGGCCCCAACGACGCCCCCGCCGACGGUAGCCACGGCAACAAGCCAAGCCCCUGGGCGUCGGCCAAUGGUGCUGGUCUGACCCCCGGCACUCUGAACCCAAAAGUUAACCACAGUGCCUGGCCCGGUCCCCAGGGACCCUCCGGCUGUAAGAUUGGCCAGCAGGGAGGCUCUCUGGGCUGGGGAGGAACACAACCGGACAGCCUCUCUCUGUCUGAACAGCCGCAGCACCUCCUCCUGAAUGAUACUACUAUCAAGACUCGCCACCUUAACACGACCAACGGACCAAAUAACACUACUAACGUCGUCGACACCUCCAGUUUACCAAACUCAGUGCACAGGAACGAGUCCGGCUCGGGGCUGCGUUCCUGGGGAGCGGGAGGAGGAGGAGGAGGAGCGGGGUCAGAGGUUGGAGAGCAGCUCUCCAACGGGACCCUGUCUGGCGCCCAGCACCCCCACAGCGAGGGCCUGGCAGGGGGCUUCUCUAAGCCCUGGGGGGCCUCGGGCCCUGGAGACACUGUGAACGGCCAGGGACAAGGCCAGCCCUCCCCUGCUGCUGCUGUUUACAACAGUAAAACUAACAGCAAGGCCUCUGUAGGGAGGUGGGACUCUGCCUCUCCUCACAACCUGGGGACUGGAGGAGGGGCGAGCAAUGGGAACGGACUGGGUCCUGCCGGGAUCCCCCGACCAUGGGGCAACGCCUCCUCCUCUUCUUCCUCUUCUUCCUCUGGCUCCUCCUCCAACAGGCAACCCCCCAAUGGGGAGUGGAGCUCGUUGCCCGGUAACAAAUCUCAGGAUUCCGGCGACGGACGGAAGUCAGGGGGAGGAGCCAACGGCUGGAAGAGUCUUGAAGACGACGCCCUGAGGGUGGGAGGAGGAGGAGGAGGAGGACCUGCGAGCGUUGGGGCGUCUGGCGGCAGUGAGGGGAGCGGGGAGAGCUCUGGAGGCCGUAGCUUAGACAGGGACAGGAACGACCCCCGUCGACGAGGCCCCCUCCCUGGGUCUACUCAAGUCCUCUCCUGUUCAGACGUGGACCCCCGUGUUCUCUGCAACACCGGCUGGGGCCAGACCCCAGUACGCCAGAACACCGCCUGGGACGUCACCUCUCCCGCCCCCAGACCCGAUGACAGAAAACCCGGUAACGGAGGCCCUGGCUGGGGCUCGAAAAGCCACGCCGCUCGUUCUCAGACCUCCAGCUCUGGAGGAUGGCGUGGGGGGGACGGCCCGGGCAAUACGGGCCCAGAAUCAGGAGGGUCUGGCUGGGUAGAGCAGAAGACCUUGUCUGGGUGUGGAGACAGAGACAACAAAGGUCCUGGAGGAGAGCGAGGAUGGGACAACGGUAACCCUUCCUCUACCUGGGGAAACAGCCAGAAGGAGGACCUCUCCAACACCUGGAUCAACCCUCCGAAACCCCAAAAGCAGGGCUGGGGGAUGGGUGGUGGAGACCGCUCCAGAGGAGGAGGUGGAGGGAGCAGCUACUGGGGUCAGCCCCAGAAGACCAGCGUGUCUGGGGGAUGGGACAACGACAGCGACCGUUCAGGGUCUGCAGGAUGGGGCGAGCCAGGCCGCCCGGCCAACACCAACACACACCCCGACGGAAGCAGCAGCACCUGGGGUGGCAGCGGAGGGACCCCUGACCACCCCAGCAACCCUCACUCUGGCUGGGGGGAGCCCCCUGUAUCCAACUCCGCCGGACACAAACCCCAGAACCACCAGACCCAGGGAGGGUGGGGCGAGCCAGCCAUGAAGCCCGGCCACCCCUCUCAGAGCUGGGGAGACCCGGCCGAGUGGGGUCAAGGUUCAGACGCCAACCCGGACCCUAGAGGACCUCCACCAGGCGGUCCCCACCCCUCCAAACCCAGCGGCUGGACUGGGGUGGCGGUCCCAGCUGGACCCUCCCACAAGGAGGAGUCGUCGUCGACGGGGUGGGAGGAGCCUAGUCCAGAGUCGGUGAGGAGGAGGAUGGAGAUCGAUGACGGCACCUCGGCGUGGGGAGACCCCAGCAAAUACAACUGUAGCGGGGUCAAUAUGUGGAACAAGACCAGCCAAUCAGAGCAGGAUGCCAUGGCCACGACCAAACCCCCCCAGCCCCAGCCCCCACCACCCCUGAACAACAUGGCCAACAAGGACAAGACCUGCAGCUCUGGUUGGGGUGAACAGUACACAGGUCCCCAGAAGAUGGAGUCAGGAACGUGGGGUGAUCCGCCAGGCCCCCCCGUCUCUGUGGACAACGGGACAUCGGCCUGGGGGAAACCCAUGGACACCAGCUCCACCUGGGAGGAGCUGAGAGACAGAGGGGACAACUCUGCGACAGGAGGCUGGGAAGGACCUGGAGCACAGAACCACCACAAACCUGGUCUCAAGCCCAUGCAGCAGCAGCAGGAGAGUAGUACCUGGUGUGGGGAGGAGGUGUCGUGCCAGGCCAGUUGGGAACAGGAGGAGGAGGUGGAGAUCGGGAUGUGGAGCAACACCCCAAGUCACCGAGACCGGGACAGAGACGGUCACAGAGAGAACCACAGAGACCGGGACAGAGACGGUCACAGAGAGAACCACAGAGACGGCCACGGUCAGGACAACAGGAACAACGGGCCACAGCAACACAGCUGGAACUACAUGAAGAAAAUCCCUCCCAAGAUCAACAAAUCGGUGAACAAGCAGGAGGAUGCCUGGAUGAACCAGUUCGUCAAGCAGUUCAACAACAUGAACUACCCUAGAGACUCUCCUGAAGACUUGUCGAAGAGCAAUAAGAUGGAGAUGGGAGGAGGAGGAGGAGGGAUGAUGUCUGACAAGCGUAUGGAUGUGAACAUGGGAGAGUACAGUGGAGUGAUGGGGAAAAACUCAGCUUCCAGGCACCAGAUCCACAAAGAGCCUUCCAUGGAGAGAAGCCCUUACUACGACAAGCUCUCCCUGCCGCUCUCUGCUUAUGAUCGCUCCGCCUCGGAGGAGCUCUCCUCCAAUCACGGCAUGAGCUUUUCCCCCUCCCACUCUGCUCAGCCUAUCCCCUCUCUCUGCUCAGGGCAGGCUCCCACCCCCUCUGUCUCUGAGGCUGGUAGGCAGAUCGUGAACUCCAUGUAUGGCAGCAGUGCAGUACCAUCUCAUAACGCUCCCCAGCCCCUCAACUCAGCCCAGAACAAUCUCCGUAACCAAGUGCCUCCACCCGUCCUGUCCUCUCAGGUCCCUCCCUCUCUCCUGAAGUACCCUCCCAGUGCAGGAGGUCUGAACCUGUUUGGUCCACAGCAAGUAGCUGUCCUCAACCAGCUGUCUCAACUCAACCAGCUGUCUCAACUCAACCAGCUUAACCAGUUACAGCGUCUCCUCCUCCAGCAGUCUCAGCAGCAGAAUCAGAGACCCAUGCCUGUUGGACAGCAGCAGAGUCACAGACCAAUGCCUGUGGGACGCCAGCAGGACCAGCAGGGCCGUCCUAUUGGUUCGUCCCAGUCGAUGAUGCAGCCUCCGCAACACCUCGACCACUCCCUCUUGAAGCAGAACCCCGCCCACCAGCCCCUCAAGUCCUACAUGGACAACUACAUGCCCCAGAAUGCAUCUGAGCUGCAGAAGGAGCCCAACCACAUGGGCUCCUUUACCAACUUCCCUUUAGGCUUGAACUCUAACCUGAAUGUAGGCCUUGACACGGGGUCUGGCUGUAAGGAGCCUCAGUCUCGUCUGAAGAAGUGGACGGCCUUGGACGUGUCCGUUAACUCACCUCUGGAGCACAAGCCUGGUGCCAUGUCGUCUGGGCUGCGUCUGGAGGAUUCUCCCUUCGGUCCCUAUGACUUCCUGUCUGCUGGCUCCGCCCCCCUAAGCUCUCCCGGCCAAUCAAUGGGCUCGGUGGGCGACAGCUGGCCCCCUCGUGCCAAAUCCCCCCAUGGAAACACCAACGUUACCUGGCCCCCAGAGUUCCGGCCCGGGGAGCCAUGGAAAGGUUACCCCAACAUCGACCCUGAGACUGACCCUUUCGUGACCCCUGGUAGUGUCAUCAACAACCUCUCCAUCAACACCGUCCGCCAUAUAGACCACCUCAGAGACCUGACAGGACCAUCCUCAUCUCUGAACACCACGAUGCCUUCUAACAGUGCCUGGUCAUCUAGUCGUGCCUCCAGCCACAGUGGUUCACUCACCAGUACAACACAAAGCACUACGGUCAGGUCAGGAGAGUCUAAAUGGUCUCCAGGAGGGUGUAACUCGUCUCUGGCCCAUGAGCUGUGGAAGGUCCCUCUGGCUCCUAAAGGUCUUUCAGCCCCUUCCCGCCCCCCUCCCGGCCUCACCAGCCACCCUCAGAAACCCCCUCCACCCUGGGGGGAAGCUCCUCUCCGCUUGGGGGGCUGGGGGCACUCUGACUCCAGAUACACGCCUGGUUGUAGUUGGAGUGACGGUAGCAGCAGCUCAGGGAGAACCAACUGGCUCGUUCUCAAGAAUCUCACAACUCAGAUGGAUGGUUCUACUCUGAGGACUCUCUGUAUGCAACAUGGUCCUCUGAUUACAUUCCACCUCAACCUGCCGCACGGCAAUGCUGUCGUAUGUUACAGCUCCAAGGACGAGGCAGCCAAGGCACAGAAGAGUCUGCACAUGUGCGUACUAGGGAACACUACCAUUCUGGCUGAGUUUGCCAGUGAGGAGGAAAUCAACCGUUUCUUUGCACAAGGUCAGUCAUUGGCCGCUGCCUCCCCGGGCUGGCAGGCCAUUGGCUCCUCUCAGAGCCGAAUGGGCGGAGCCUUGGAGGGUUCCCACCCCUUCCCCAGCCGCGCCCCGGAGCCCAGUCAAUGGAACGUCAGCGACCUCCAUAGCUCCUCCCUUUGGGGCGGGUUGAACUAUUCCACUAGCCUAUGGGGCGCCAGCGAGGGCGGGAGGAUCAACAGCCCUUCUCCAAUCAGCUCCUUCCUCCCCGUGGAUCACCUGACAGGGGGCGGGGACUCCAUGUAAAGCCCGUGUCAGUCGAGUGGCGAACGCUGGACAGCGUGACGACAGACUGAGUCGUCUGGAAUCGUUAUUAGUCUCAAACACAAAGAAAAACAGUCCAAGACCAAAAAACUAAAUGGCUCCUUCUCACUUACAAAUAUACAGGAAGGGGUUCACCCUGUGGAAAAUACGUACAGGAAGUAGGGGAGGGGGGGUCACCCUGUGGAAAAUACGUACAGGAAGUAGGGGGGGGGGUUCACC